AUGCUCAAGCACCUCUCCAUCACCGCCCUCGCGGGCCUUGCGCUUGCUCAAGAGCCUUCCCUUUCGGCUGCUCUCAAUGCUACGCAGGAUCUCUCUAUGCUCAAGGGACUCGUCCCCCCGACCAUCCUGCAGUUUCUGGACAGCGCCAGAAACAUUACCAUCCUGGCGCCCUCGAAUGCGGCCUUUGCAAAAGUCAGCCAACAGACUCUGGCUUCGCUUACUGCCGACCCAGGCCUUUUGGUUGCUCUUCUCCAGUACCAUGUCCUCAAUGGAUCGUACCCGGCUUCUGCUAUCCCAUCUACUGGUGCUUUUGUGCCCACACUUCUGACUAACACGACAUACACCAAUGUCACCGGCGGCCAAGUCGUUCACGCCACGUCCAGGGACAACAAGGUCAUGUUCUUCAGUGGAAACAACAUGAACUCGACUGUUACUACCGCUAACGUCAACUUCACUGGCGGUGUCAUUCACAUCAUCGACAACUUCUUGACCAUCCCCGAGGCGCCAUCCAAUGUCCUCACUUCAGCCAACCUUACUUCUCUCCGUGGCGCUCUGGUCGGCGCCAACCUAGUCGAAACCGCCAACACCACUCCUGACCUGACCAUCUUCGCUCCCACCAACCAGGCAUUCCAGGACAUUGGCUCUGUCCUCGCCAACGCCUCCAUCGCCGACAUCACCAAGAUCCUGUCGUACCACGUUGUUGCCGGCCCCGUAGGCUACUCGACCAAGCUCCGCAACGGCACUUCUCUGACUACUCUGAACGGCGCCAACGUCACCGUCUUCGUCGACAACGACGGCAUCUACGUCAACAACGCCCAAGUCGUCUUCGCCGACGUCCUCGUCUCCAACGGCGUCGUCCACGUCAUCAGCGAAGUCCUCAACCCCAACAACGCCUCAGCCCCAGAAGGCGAACCAGCCUUUGGCGGCGCCACCCCCGCUUCAAACGCUCCAUUCACUUCUGGCCAGCCCCAGCCCAGCUCCCCCAUUGGCGGUGGUCCAGGCGGCGCUGCCGGCAGCUCCCCCAGCCCAUCUGGUGGCCCUCAGGCUACCCGCAACGCUGCCGCCGCCAAGCCUACCGGCGCUGUGGGCCUUGGUGCUCUCCUUGGUGGCGCCGCUGCCAUGUACUUUUUGUAA